UCUUCAUAUGCGUGAGAACUCAAAGUUGCUCAUUGGGAAGGAUGUCAACCAUCAACCCGAUUAUACGACGGAGCCAUACCAAAUCAAAAAAUGGCUGCAAUACAUGCCGGGCCCGUAGAAUCAAGUGCGACGAGUUUCGGCCCCAUUGCCGCAACUGUUCACAAACUCGGCGACGCUGCCGUUAUCCUGUCACCGAUUCCCCCAGUGCUACUAAUCGUUCUAUUGAGAAAUGGAGGGACUCUAGCCAGCCGCCAUUUCCGUUUUUAGAAUUGCCAAUGACCCCGAGCUGGCACAAUCUAUCCUUGGGCAAAUUACGGCACAUGCAUCAUUUGGCUCUCAUGGCGUCUAUGCUCGAGCUAAGCAAAACUAGACAGUUUUGUCUGUGGUGGAGUGAAAUUACAAUCUUCUUUCAACUUGCCAUUCGAUUCGAUUUUGUUGCAUACGCGGUAAUGGGUCACUCCGCCGGGCGCCUGGCCCUAGUGACUAAGAUAUCCUCAGCGUUCGAAGACGCUACGAGGUACCGGACCCUUGCAUUGCAAGGGCUGAAUUCAGCCAUCACUUCGUUUACGAAAGACAAUGCGGAUGCAAUUUUAUGUGCAUCGCUUUGCUUAUCAAACCAGGAGCAUGAUUGGCGGUCUUGGAAAGCGAUUAUGGAAGGUACUUCCGCAGUGAUCUGUGAAAUGCGACCCUGGAUUACAGGAUCCGUAUUUUCCAACUAUUUAGACCAUGCAGGCUGUGUAAAUCCACAGAAACGCAUGCCAGGUGUCAGAGGCUCGACCAUGACAUUCGAUGGCCACGGCGAAAUUCCCAAUUUGAAAUCACUCGUUGCUCAAGCCAUUGGAUCACUUAAUAUGCUCUCAUCUUGUUCCAAGGAUACCCCCGAUCUCUCGGCACUGGUUAGGCACCUCCGGGAUACUUGUCGGAUUGUUCAUGAACGUUCAUCUGACUGGCCUAUCGAGAAGCAAUUCCGUUUGGUGCAUCCAUUUGCCGCAUGGAUGGACAAGUAUACGAUAUCAUAUUUUGCAAUCAGUGAAAAGGACACAGUUGUACUUGCCACACUGGCUCAUUUCUACGCAGUUGUUGUUUGUUUAGCCUUGGCUUUCCCCGAAAUGGCUCUUCCUCUAACUACAACUAUUCGGCUUAAAUCUAUCAUUGAAAUUGGUCAGGUUUUUGGGAGCAAACCACCUUUUUUCUGUCGGGGCUGCAGGGAAGUGCAUUAUCAAGAGGGCAUGAUGGCGUUUCCACUCAAUGCAGUCCACAUGUUCCAAGGAGUGCGAGGAUGUAAUUUAGAGUAAUCACAGAGGUUCAUACACAGCCUGCCUAGGAAAUGUCUCUUCACUUCCGAGCUUGAAC